AUCAGAGCCCUGGGUGAGGGAAGCCUGGAAACAGCAGCAAUUCAGGUCCCACAGAAGAGGAAGAAAAACAAAACAAAACAAAAGAUUGCUAUGGAGUCGCAGGAGAGAUGGCAUCUGGGACUCGGAGAAGGGAGAAUUCUGUGGGCAGGAAGAGCAGUGCCCUGCACUGAGGAGGCCAGGCUUUCUGGCUACAAGAAAAUCGCGUCAAAGUUGUUAUCAGGCAAAUUGAAAUUUCCAGGCUGCAUCCAGGCUAGAAGUUCUACACAUCAUUGGAAAGAUUUCAGCUGUAUCCACUGUGCCUGGGAGCUGCUUUCUGUGCUGUUUGGCUCUUUCCCACCUGGAAUGGAACAACGGCAGACUAACACCUCAUGGGAACAAAAGAGCAACAGAAACGGAAAGAGCAACUGUGACUCUUUGGAAAUACCCAGGAGCCGGGAAAUGAUGGACAGCCUGAAACAAACAACUGAGACCCUGCUGUGUCUGUCACCUGUUGAAGCUGCCGGUCUCAAAGAAGGAAUCAAUUUUUUUCGAAACAAGAGCACUGGCAAAGACUACAUCUUGUACAAGAAUAAGGGCCACCUGAAGGCAUGCAAGAAUUUGUGCAAACACCAAGGAGGCCUGUUCAUAAAAGAUAUCGAGGAUUUAGAAGGAAGGUCUGUUAAAUGUACAAAACACAACUGGAAGUUAGAUGUGAGCACCAUGAAGUAUAUCAAUCCUCCAGGAAGCUUCUGUCAAGAUGAGCUGGUUGUUGAAAUGGAUGAAAACAAUGGACUGUUACUUCUAGAACUGAACCCUCCAAACCCUUGGGAUUCAGAUCCCAGGUCUCCUGAAGAUUUGGCUUUUGGGGAAGUACAGGUAACAUAUCUCACUCACGCUUGCAUGGACCUCAAGUUGGGAGACAAGAGAAUGGUGUUUGACCCUUGGUUAACUGGUCCUGCAUUUGCCCGAGGAUGGUGGUUGCUCCACGAGCCUCCAUCUGAUUGGCUGGAGAGGCUGUGCAAAGCAGAUCUAAUUUACAUCAGUCACAUGCAUUCAGACCACCUAAGUUACCCUACACUAAAGAAGCUUUCGGAGAGAAGACAAGAUAUUCCCAUUUAUGUUGGUGACACGGAAAGACCUGUGUUUUGGAAUCUGAAUCAGAGCGGUGUCCAGUUAACUAAUAUCAAUGUAGUUCCAUUUGGAAUAUGGCAGCAGGUAGACAAAAAUCUUCGAUUCAUGAUCUUGAUGGAUGGCGUUCAUCCUGAGAUGGACACAUGCAUUAUUGUGGAGUACAAAGGUCACAAAAUACUCAAUACAGUGGACUGCACCAGGCCCAAUGGGGGCAGGCUGCCUGCAAAGGUUGCUCUCAUGAUGAGUGAUUUUGCUGGGGGAGCAUCCGGUUUUCCAAUGACUUUCAGCGGUGGAAAAUUUACUGAGGAAUGGAAAGCUCAAUUCAUUAAAACAGAAAGGAAGAAGCUCCUGAAUUACAAGGCUCAGCUGGUGAAGGACCUGCAACCCCGAAUUUAUUGUCCCUUUGCUGGGUAUUUUGUGGAGUCCCAUCCAUCAGACAAGUACAUUAAGGAAACAAACAUCAAAAAUGACCCAAAUCAGCUCAACAAUCUUAUCAGGAAAAACUCAGAUAUUGUCACAUGGACCCCUCGACCUGGAGCCACCCUUGACCUAGGCAGGAUGCUGAAGGACCCCACAGACAGCAAGGGCAUUAUAGAGCCUCCUGAAGGGACUAAGAUUUACAAGGAUUCUUGGGAUUUUGGGCCGUAUCUGAACACCCUGAAAGCUGCUGUAGAAGACGAAAUCUUCCUUCACUCAUCCUGGAUAAAAGAAUAUUUCACUUGGGCUGGAUUUAAGAAUUAUAACCUGGUGAUCAGGAUGAUUGAGACGGACGAGGACUUCAACGCUUUUCCUGGAGGCUACGACUACUUGGUUGACUUUCUAGAUUUAUCCUUUCCGAAAGAAAGACCCAGCCGGGAGCAUGCCUACGAAGAGAUUCGGAGCCGGGUUGACGUCAUGAGGUACGUGGUGAAGAACGGUCUGCUCUGGGAUGACUUGUACAUAGGAUUCCAGACGCGCCUCCAGCGGGAUCCUGACAUAUACCAUCACCUGUUUUGGAAUCAUUUUCAAAUAAAACUCCCCUUAACACCCCCCAACUGGAGGUUGUUCCUCGUGCACUGUGGCUAGAGCAGCACUGGGGCUCCCAGGGCUACCAGACAACAUGGAAUAUUCAAGACUUUACUGGUGCUUCACUUCAAUCCAAGAACUUUAUGCCAAAGAGGCUGCUUUAUGAUAUCAGUGAGUGACCACAUGGUGCCUAGGUGAGAUGUCUGCACGUCUCACAGUUGUGGAUAACUACACAGCACAUUCCAAGACAUUUUACCGGGGAUGGGGGUGUAACUUGGGGGUAGAGCAUGUACUUAGCAUGUGCACUUCCCUGGAUUCCACCCCCAGGACACACACACACACACACACACACACACACACACACUAUUCGGCACCAAAUUCUCUGUGAAAAGAAUUAAUGAAACCAACAGGAACAAGCUCUGUGUGUAAAACACAUUACAACGAAAGGUGAGGUGAAUUGAAUCCACCUACGGAAAAAACAGGAAAGAAAAAACUUCCAGGAUGAGGAUGAAAAUAAAAGCCAAGAGGAAGGAGAGCAGGUGAUGAGUUAGAAAGGAAACAGAAGAAAGGGAAGCAAUAGAGCAACGUGAGGCUGAAGGAUGGGCUAAGAAGAGGUGAGAUCGAGAUGAACAUAAAAACAGAUCUUUCGUUCUGUUGAAUGGAUCCGUUCCACAAAUAGGGCCCAUGAAAAUAGUCACACUAGAAAGGUUCCUAGACUGUUCUCAGCUUUGCAGAAAGCUUUGUUGAAACACAUGUUUACCAAACUGAGGCUGCAGAGGCUGCCCUGAGAGGACACAUUUCAUUAUGCCUGAAAGGCUUUCGAUUCAGUUAUAAAACUUGUCAUUCAACACAGCUUAUUAGUUGUAAUAGUUAGGUAGCUCUUUGGUUAGUAAAAGAUAUAACACUAAUCAUAAAAUGGGUUUGGCAGAUAAACAUCUUUUGCAAUCAAUGGAAAAUUAAAGAUCUGUAUCUUUAAAAAAAGAGUAACUCCCUCUUCUGAAAUCUUUAAAAAAAUACAAACCAUUAUUUCAAUGGUUGAAGUAGGCAACUGAUUUGCCAUUUUUUCUCUGUAGUUUAUGAUAUUCAUAUGAUCAUUUAGGACAUAGAGUUCCGUUCUUAAGAAAACAUGAUUGUCAACUAGGUUUGUGAUUCACAUGUUAUUAUUCUAGAACACACUACUGAUUAGCACACAUCACGUCUGUCUUCCAAUUAUACAACCUACCUCUUUAAUGAUGAAGACACAAGAAUCUGCUGGUACAAUCUGCCCCUUUAAAUCCCUGUUGUCAUACUUGGUCAUUGAAAAGCUGAUUCUCUCCUAUUGAUUAACAUCAAUACCAGUAACGUUUGAUUACUCUGGCUUACCUCAUACUUUAUACAAAUAGAAAUGCUUGGAAUGGAAGAAUGAUAUUUUGUGAUUUACCCUGUACUGUAAAUUAUUCAAUUACCAAGAAUGUGAAGUAUACCCACAGAAUAUACUGUGUGUUCAAAUGUAUAUGAUCUGUGAAUAAAUAAUUUUUUAAAAAUUA